UGAGCUAUUACAGUAUCAUAUUUGCAGGCUGCGGUCUGGUGUGUGGGAGGUCCUCUCUACCGGAUUUAAACGUGUCUGAAUAUUUUCUCUAACCACACCCUGCCUCAGCUCCGACUACAUAGUGCUGUCUCUAACUCCUACUGACUGGCUUCUUUUAAAAAAAACAAUUUGGUGCGUUCGAAGAUUAUGGAAUGACUGCACUAAAAGCUAGACACAGCAGCCACAGGUUGAAAUCGCCAUCCGACAUGGGGCUUUUGCAACCUGACCGUAGCCCCUCACCCAAUCUGGAUCUACUGGAGACCUCGAUGGAAGAAGACAGCUUUGAAUCUCGCUCACGCCACAGGGACCUGAAGUUAAAUGAUUCUCUGAACUCUGAUGAUUCCAAGAGAUUUCACCGUGGCUCAACGAUAAGGAAAAACAAUUCUCAAUAUCACAAACUCUUCAAGGAAGUUCCCGAGGAAGAGUUGUUAAGAAAAGUUUACUCCUGUGCUCUGCAGAAAGACAUCCUGAUCCAGGGCCGUCUCUACAUCUCCAGCAACUGGCUGUGUUUCUACGCUAACUUCUUUGGAAAGGACAUUAAGGUCACGGUUUCAGUCACGUCCGUCGUGCUGGUCAAGAAGCACCGAACAGCAGGGCUGCUCCCAAAUGGCCUCGUCAUCAGGACAAAGUCCAAUGAGAAGUACAUCUUUGUGUCCUUCAUCUCCAGAGACAAUGUCUAUGAUGAAUUGAGAAAAAUCUGCUCACACUUACAGCACGACAGUAAGAAGAGUUUGAUUGUGAGUCUGUCUCCAGACACGUGUGAUUCUCUACCCUUGGACGACUAUAGGUUUCACUUGGAUUUGAAGAGGAAACUGACCAAUGGCUCCUCAUCUUCACUGCCAGAGAUUGAGUAUCAGUCUAUGCUGGGGAACUCCACCAGCAGCUUAAGUUCCCCAGAGGCCGAGAACUCCAGUUACCACAGUCAGACUUUUCACGAAAGAGUGGUGAAGAAAGAAAAGCUAUCGAAACUGGGCGCUGCUGAGGGGAUUGGGAAAAUGGAAUAUGGGAUUCUCAGGAUAUUAAUUGUUAUAGUCAUUAUUCUAUUGGCAUCGUCGAUUUACAUGACAUUCCGCGUUUACUCCCUGGAACAGCAGCUGGGACUACUGGGCGCAGCUUCCCAAACCCUGGCCCAGAACAGGUAAACACAUCGGUUGGAGACAGGGUGAAGCUGUUAGCUCAGCGUGGCUGUGGACUGGAGCAGCUUCGAUAGCUUGCUCAGGCUCGCUGCACGGGAGGGGCUUCCGUCUCCUGCAUCUCUAUUCGCACAGAGACCUGGACUGGCAGCUUUCCCACGGCACUGUGUGAUACAACCUCACGGACAAUGUGAAGCCUUCAAUAUGACGCAGCAGCUACACAAAAUCAGCUUGAUCUCAGGUGAUUGAAUAUCUUUGCAAAGGGAUUUCAGUCUGGGAUUCUGCUACUUUCAAAAGAUUGAGAUUUGUCAGAGCUCACCUCUGUCAUACUAUUGUCCAAACCCAGUACUUGAGCUGGGACAGAGACAUAGACAUGGUCUUGAUUUGAAAUCGAUUGGAAAUUGGAAGGCAGUAUUGAGAAGGCUAAAAUCAGCUACUGAUGUGAAGAUGGCUCUAGUCUCACUGAUUGAAUACCUUCUUUGAAUGGCAGGGACUCUGAAGGUAUCUGAGGUGGUGGAAAAGUCCAUCUCUUCAGACAGACACUGUCACCAAUGCCAGCAAUUCUCCAUAGGGCCUGGUCUGCACUUUAAAAGCUGCGUUUAAGUCACUGAUACAUUUGUUUGCACAGACUAGAAUCUGCCUCAACUUAUUUAUAACCGUCACGCAUCAGAUAUUGAUCGAAUAAUAUUGUACAGUCGAGUUUUCUUUCGAAGAAAUCUUUGUGACAGCUUCAACAAGAAAACAAUGUGCCUUUGGAAUUGAAUAUAAACUAUACAGUGGUGAAAAAGAGAUGCAAAAUGUCUCCACAGUAUGAGUAUUGGCGACGUGACGUGAAGAGAAUGUUAGAACCAGAUGGAUUGGGCAGAGGGACGUUUGCCGGGGAGCAUCAGAAAGCAGAGUGGCACAGCAGCAGGGCAUUGGCUAGGAAUGGCAAAGCUUGCUGGGAGACAGGAAGUCUGCACACGAUAACCUUUCACUGGGAAUAAUGGGCAAAGUUCAUUGAUUGGAUGGUGAGGAGGGUGAACGUGGGAUGAAGUGAGGGCUGAUGUGGACUGGUCUGUGCGGCUGCGCAAUGUUACAGUAGAAGGUGACGAGAUUUAUGUUACAUACAUUUCUGAGCCAUAGUGUAAAUGGGGAGACAGUUAGAAGCUGGACGCUUGAAACCGGAAGAUGGCCAAAUCUGAUUACCAUAAAUGUUUCACGUUUUAUUUGUCAUUUCUCAACAGAGAAAGGUUCUGUGUGAUUAUUGCAAUAAAGAUAAUGUAUUUGUUCA